AUGACCACACAGAUCUUUCAAGUUCCAAGGUCUGAAGCCACUUCGGGAAUAGAAAGAGUUUUGCAACUUGCCGUUGCCACUGCCGGGAAAUAUGGAUCGGAUGGAAGAUUCAUUCUGUGGGGUGUGGGUGGCACGGAUGCUAUACUUUUGAUAGUAGUAAGUAGUGUGACGUGCGUGAUAGAUUACGAGUUCUAUUACAGUAAAGAAAGAGGAGGGAAGAAAAGGUAA